UUUAUUUCCUGAAACAACCCACAAAGUUUACAGAUCAAGUUUAACCACCAGAGGAUUGCUCGGUGAGAGAAGGAUAGUAAUAAGUUAAUCCCCUUCUCUGCCAGAGCAAUACAAAUCACCUCUGAUACUGCCCAUUCCCAUAACAAGGCUUGAAAGUUUGAUCAGACCAUGAAAGAAACAUCUGCAAAAAAUAUUAGGAGAGAAUUUCUGUCAUUAGCUAAAGAUGCCGUGGACCUCAGUGCAGUAGCAAGUUUUGUAAAGUGUAAUUGCAGCUCAACAAUCCCCCUUGUGAAACCAAACAAUUGUAGUCUGAGAAUCUGUGGGCAGGAUGGCACAGUCUAUGCUGGGGAUGAAGAGCAGCUUGAAGCCUGGAAAGAUUUGUAUCUGCCAGAAAGAAUGGAGAUGGAGGUAAUUGGUGCCAUUGAUUAUUUCCCAUGUGAUGCCUUGGGCCUGCAGUUGGUGCUAUUGUUGUGUGAGGAUGGAAAGGUUUAUGCUUAUGAGGAUGAAGUUUUGCACCUUGUAGCCAUGAAUCUGAAAGAGCUGCUUCAGGAUGGAAUGGUUUUUCCUGGAUGUGAGACCUUUAAUCUUGGGGAAUAUUUAGAACUGACUGAGGAAGAGCACAAUGAAAUGAUGGAAACUGAAGAAAUCAAAGCAAUAAGGGCAGAACACCAAAAGUUUAGAGAAUCUUUGGAGCUUGAAUUGCUGGAAAACCUCAAUGAGAUCAAAGAAAGGCAAAAUGAUCCCCUUGAUGUGCAAAAGAUAAAAGAUUCAGAGGAUAUCAUCUCAGGCACAGAACCAGGAGUUCAAGAAAAGUAUACAAACAAAUGCAAAAUGGGAACUACUUAUUGCAAUGCUGUUAUUGAAUGGCACGUUUGGGAAAAAACACGACGCUUAAUACGAAGGGGUAUUUUUUAAGUUUACAUUUGAAAGGGUACACUUGCUGGUCUUGGCACUAAAAACAGUUCCCAAAGUUACCAUUUUGUGACAUUAUUGAUAUAGCUUUUGACACCGAAUAUUCUUUUAUUCUCUAAAUGUAUCUUUCAGAAAACAAAUAGUUCAACAAGAGCAUCUUAUUUCAAUGAAAGGUAUAGGGUUGAUGCUUUAGGACUAUGAGAGUCAGCCUUUCUCUUAAGCUUUAAAUGAAUUUCAUAAGAUGUUUUUCUCUUUUGUAACAAACAGUGACAACAAUUAUACAUAUCCUUUUAUAUUCAAGAGGUUUGCAAAAGGGCACAUAAUUAUGCUUAAGAAAACUUACAGUAAGUUUACUGAGCAACAAAAGAUUCCUCCAUUCCCUGAAAAAUAUUGUAAUCAGUUGCUAAAUAUGUAGAUUUAUCUGACAGCUGAUAAACUAGGUAAAUGUCAUCAGCUGCUGAAAUGACAUUUCUUAUGCCUGAAUCAGUUAUUUCAUGAUUGACCUGUACAUACCAAAUAAUGGAUCAUGACUUGACAAAAAGCUACCUCCUAAACAUCACAUGCAAAAAUCAUUAUUUUAAAUUUAUCAUGAACCUUUAAAGGGACAUUCCACUUUAAAAUAAAAUAUACUCAUUUUCCAGCUCCCCAUAGAGUUUGAUUUUUACAUUUUGGAAUCCAUUCAGCUGAUCUCCGGGUCUGGCAGUAACACUUUUAGCAUAG